AUGGCUGCCUGGCCCGGGGCUGCGCUCUCCGCUCUGAACCCGCUGCGUGCGCUGUGGCUCACGCUGGCCACCGCCUUCCUGCUGACCCUGCUGCUGCAGCUCGUGCCUGCCAGCUUGCUCCCGGGCUGCCCGCUUUUCCAGGACCUGAUCCGCUAUGGGAAAACCAAGCAUGCGGGGCCGCAGCGCCCUGCUGCGUGCCAGGCCUUUGAUAUCCCCAAGAGGUACUUUGCACACUUCUAUAUCAUCUCGGUGAUGUGGAAUGGCUUCCUGCUUUGGUGCCUUGCUCAAUCUCUGUUCCUGGGAGCACCUUUUCCAGACUGGCUUCACGGCUUGCUGAGAAUCCUUGGGGCCACCCAGUACCAAGGCGGUGAGCUCGCCCUUUCAUCCUUCCUGGUGUUAGUGUUUCUGUGGCUGCACAGCUUGCGGAGGCUCUUCGAGUGCACCUACGUCAGUGUCUUCUCCAAUGCCGUGAUUCAUGUCGUACAGUACGGCUUUGGACUUUUCUACUACAUCCUCAUCGGCCUCACCGUGCUGAGCCAAGUGCCGCUGGAUGGGCAGAAAGUCUAUGUAAUAGGGAAAAAUCUACUGAUGCAAGCCCGGUGGUUCCAUAUCCUGGGAAUGAUGAUGUUUGUCUGGUCCUCAGCCCAUCAGUAUAAGUGCCAUGUCAUUCUCAGCAAUCUCAGGAGGAACAAAGCAGGAGUGGUCAUUCACUGUAAUCACAGGAUCCCCUUUGGAGACUGGUUUGAAUACGUUUCUUCGCCUAACUAUUUAGCAGAGCUGAUGAUCUAUGUCUCCAUGGGCGUCACCUUUGGGUUCUACAAUACAACGUGGUGGCUGGUGGUAACAUACGUCUUCUUCAACCAGGCCCUGGCCGCUGUCCUCAACCACAGCUUCUACAAAAGCAAAUUUGUCUCCUAUCCAAAGCAUAGGAAAGCUUUCCUGCCAUUUUUGUUUUAA